AUGGCAUUGGUGCAAGGUCCCAGAUCAAUGUUGGAGUACCAGCAGCAAUUUGAGGCACUAUACUAUUUUGCACCUGAGCAUAUGAAUACUGACAGGGCAAAAGCUAAGAAGUUUAUAAAGGGGCUGAGAUCUAGUAUUGGGGCAAUUGCCAAAUCCAUUGAAGACAAGCAGAGAGAGGGAUAUCAAAUUCAGGUAGCGAGGAAAGCCAAGGCAACAGGAACUGGAAGGCAGCUUGGGAAGUUUGUGAAGGGAGCUACAUCUACUGCUAUUGUGCCUAGGAAGACUGACUCAGGUCAAGUAUGUACCCAGUCCCGACCAGCAACCACCACUACCCAGCCUCUAUCCAUGAGGUGCUAUGUGUGCCAACAGCCAGGACACUUGGCCAGAUCUUGUCCCCAGAGGAAGCCAAGAGAGCCCAAUGUGACUUCUUCAUCUGCAUCCACCAAGAAACCACAAGUGGCUGGGAAGGUGUUUGCAUUGUCAGCUGAGGAAGCUGAGACUACCCCUGGAGUGGUAACAGGUACAAUAUUAGUUUCCAUAGUACCAACAUUUGUAUUGUUUGAUUCUGGUGCAUCUCAUUCUUUUGUGUCUUCACAUUUUGCUAUGAGAAUGGGGAUAGAACUGAAAAAGUUAGCACAUAAGUUGAUGAUUUGUACACCCACUGGAUUUAUAGUGGAUUUGGAGGACGUAUAUGAACCAUGUGUGAUUCAAAUGUGUGGUCGAGAUAUGAUAGCCCAUUUGAUUUGCAUAGAUAUGAAGGAUUUUGAUGUUAUACUGGGAAUGGACUGGUUGUUAGCAUACCGAGAUUGUGUACUCUGUGCAGAGAAGAAGAUAGUAUUUAGACCUCGGGAUGGAGAUGAUUUUACAUUUCAAGGGCAUAGAAGAGACAACGCCAAGAAAUUACUAAUUUCUGCCAUACAAGUUCAGAAAUUACUAGAAGAAGGGUGUGAAGCCUAUUUAGCAUGUGUCAGGGAUACUACCAAGAGGACUGCAACACUAGAAGAGUUAGAAGUAGUAAGAGAAUUUCCUGACGUGUUUCCUGAAGAUCUAUGUAGUGUGCCCCCAGAUAGGGAGACAGAGUUUUGCAUUGAUUUAAUACCUGGGGCAGCACCCGUAUCUCGAGCAUCAUACAGAAUGGUUCCUGCUGAAUUGAAGGAAUUGAAAGAGCAAUUGUAG